CUGCUCCAGGCAGCGCCGUCUCCCCUGAGCUCCCUUGCGGUACCGCCUCAGUUCAACCACAAAUCGCAUUCAGUGCCUUCCGACUUUGGCAAUAUGUCUGUUCCGUGGCCCAUCCAUCAGCAGAUCGCGACCGCCUUCUCCUUCAUCGGGUUUGUCCUCGUCACUAUCCCCCUCUAUUGGCAUUUGGAAGCAUGGAAUAUGGGAUGUGUUUUGUACAUUUUCUGGAGCGGGACCCAGUGCCUCAUCCAGUUCAUCAACAUGACGGUCUGGAAGGAUAAUGUUAUCAACUGGGUUCCGGUGUGGUGCGACAUCACCACAAGGUUCCGGCUGGCCUACAGCAUUGGCAUUUGCACAGCAUCCCUCAUUAUAAACCGUCGUCUCUACAAGAUCGCAACAGUGUCUACGGUGUCUAUCACCCACCUUGACCGCCGUCGGAUGAUCAUGGUAGAUCUUGCUAUCGGUCUCACUCCUUCUAUCUUGGCGGUUGCCCUAUACUGGUUUAUUCAGGGUCAUCGCUUUGACCUCUACGAGGGCUACGGUUGUAUCCAGGAGAUCCCGAACACCAUCUUGGCGUAUUUCCUGUACACGACCUGGCCCAUCGUCAUCGGUUUGAUCUCUAUGGUGUAUUGUGCGAUGACAUUGCGCGCCUUUUUGAAGAGGCGCAAGCAGUUCAACGAGCUCAUGUCGUCUAACAAGAACCUGACGUUCAACCGGUACCUCCGUCUCAUGGGUCUCGCGAGCAUCGAAAUGCUCUGCACUGUCCCUCUCGGCAUCUGGUCUGUGGUCCAGGACUCGAGGUUCCCGAUCUACACGUGGUACGGUCUGGGGAACCUACACUACGACUUCUCCCGCGUCGACCAGUACCCGUCGAUCAUCUGGGUCAACAAUCCAUUGAUGCGCGAGGCGAUCGUCUUCGAUAUCUGGGACACUAUCACUUGCAGCCUCGUGUUCUUCGCGUUCUUCGGCUGCGCUGAGGAGGCGCGGAGACACUAUUCUCUCGCUCUCGCCUCGUUUGCGAAGAAGGUCGGCAUCCCGAUCACCUUCCUGUCGCGCGUUACGGGCUCGAGCGGCCCUAUGUAUGGCACUCCGGGCUCGAAGCCGACGAGCAGCGCCCUCGGCCGCAUCACCAUCCCCUCGUUCGUGCAGCGCAAGCGACACGACUCCCUCCUCUCCUUCUCCGACAACCUGUCGUCUGCGGUCUCUAUCGGCGACGAGACACCGGUCGACGAGACCAAGGCGCCCUAUACUCCCUCCGAGCACUCCGCCAGCUCGAGCACCUGCUUCCCCUCGCCUGCAUCUGCCAAAGGCACCGAUGAGAAGUACGAGGUGUUCACGUUGCCGACGCCGCCGCAGCUUGCGCACGACGCUUCCGCGCUGGAACGCGCUUCACCCGACGUGCCGGCACCCGUGCACCGGGACUCCAUGGACAUGGUCUAAUCAUACACCGCCUUCCCAUCCCCGCGUAGGCGUAGAAGCACACGAAGAAAAUCCCGAGGUCCCCCACACUCGCUAUCUGAACUGUUUUAUUUGGGCUGUCGGCUUGUCGCACUACUGGAACUAUCACCCCACCCCCCACUGUAUUGUUAGCUAACGGAUAUCUCCUCCGUCGCCUGCUGUUUCUAUACCACC